CAUUGCGUGACUCCAUUUCGCCUCUAAUCUAAAUCACUAACAAAGAGUUGCCUAAUUAUUACCAAAUUACCAUUCUCAUUACCAUUUUCUUUUUCUUUUUAAAAAAGAAAAAGAAAGCGAACCAUGAUAAUUAACACCACGUGCAAUUUGCUUUAAUUUUACCUUGUUCUUUCUUGUCUAUGGUGGUAACCGUUAUAUUACACCACUCACCCAAACUCACUUUUAAUAAAAGAGAAAUUAAGAGAAUAUCGACAGUCAUGAAGAGACAAAGCAGCGCGGUGUCUCCCUCAUCGUCACGGCGAGAAACCGCGCCGGAGAAAAUCCACGUCAAGACAAUUGGCUGCAUGUCCGGCAUUCUCCACCUCAUCUCUACUUCCCAUUCCCGUCGACAUCGCCGUUUCCUCACCUUCGGUAAGAAACAGACUAAGAAUCACGUUUCUUCCAUUUCCACCGCCACCGCAAACUCGCAACCAGAAAACGCGAAAGAGAAGAAGAGCGAUGAAGUUUGCACCGUACGAAAUCCGAGAUUAUCGAGCGAGGUUCCGAGGAGUCCGACGUUGCCACCGGAUAUUCGCCAUUCGAGUCCGGCGAAGUCGUCGGAGAAUGUUCGGGAGCCACCGGCGCUAGUGGCGAGGCUGAUGGGACUUGAAGCGGUUCCUGCUUCGCCGGAAACGGUGGUGGAGAAGAGGCAGAAGCUGCUGGGAGCGUUGCAGAGGUGUGACGAGGAUCUCAAGGCACUGAAGAAGAUUAUUGACGCCGUAAGGACUACUGAUCCGCUUCCGUCACUGUCACCGUCUCCGGUGGUAGUUAAGCGCAGCAUAGGUGAUUUAGGGGAUAAAGUGAAAACGGUUACGGAGGUAAAGUGUUCGGUGGUUAACGGUGAGCAACAGCAGCCGAGUCCUGUGUCUGUUCUUGACGAGUUCACUCGUUCGCCACUCAGUCCGAAUUGUCACUCGGGACGUUAUUCAUUUGCACGAAUGCAACAGCAGAAACAUCAGUUACUGAAGAAGCCAGGAGAGGAAGACAUCAGCAACACAUUAUACAUACACGAGAGAAUGACAAGUGAAAUAGUUAAUAAGAAAGUCCAAGAGGAAGAUCGUUCAGUUAUGUGGAGUAACAAAGGAAUGAUGAGAAGUGUAGAUGAGGUGUGUAGGGACGUUGCUUGGGGAGAAAAUAGAGAGAUUGGAAGAAUAGGGUUGGCUUUGCAGGAUUGUAUCUGCAGGGAUUUGAUUGAAGAGAUUGUUAGAGAAUUAGGAUGUUUGUAUACUUUGUCUUUGCCAUUUGAGUCUUGUAAGAGAAGACUCUGCUUCUAAACUAUACAUGGUCAACGUUUUUCUGUUCUUUUUUGUUUGUUUAUUAUUUAUGUUAUUAAACUUAUAUUUGUCUUACAGUUACAUUUGGUUUAGCAGAUUAUUCGUU